ACUUUCUGUGAAUCUCUGCACUGCCCAUUUUUUGAUUUGUUCCAUCUUCUCUCGCCAUCAAACCUGCUGCCCUAUUUGCCCACGAUGGCAGCGCAGCCCACACUAGAGAAGAACCAUGUCGAUGCCAUUCAGCCUUCGCCAGUUUCACAUUCGGAGGCUUCUUCCGCUCUAGAUGAGACAUAUGAAGUGUACAAACAGAACAAAGGUUCAGACGCCGACCCAGCAGAGGUGAAGAAAACCAUACGGAAGAUCGAUAGGCGCGUAGUACCGAUUCUGUUCUUCAUAUACAUGCUGCAAUACCUCGAUAAGAAUGGUAUCAACUAUGCGAGUGCCUGGGGACUGGAAGCUGGGACAAAUCUCAAGGGAGAUGAUUACGCAUGGCUCGGAUCCAUCUUCUACUUUGGAUAUCUCGCUGGGCAGUACCCAGCAGGCUAUUUGCUACAGCGCCUGCCAAUAGGCAAGUUUCUUGGAGCCAUGACAUUCGGAUGGGGCGUGAUUCUCAUGACCACCCCGGCGUGCCACGACUUCGCCGGCAUGGCGGCAAACCGCUUCCUGCUCGGUCUCUUGGAAUCUACUGUGAACCCGGGAUUCGUCCUCAUCAUGAGCAUGUGGUACACAGCUGCCGAGCAACCGCUCCGACUCGAAUCGUAUUACUGCACCAAUGGGAUCGCGACCAUGUUUGGUGGCCUCAUUGGCUACGCUGUGGGACACAUCACGACGGGUCUUCCGCGCUGGAUGUAUGUUUUCAUCAUCUUUGGAUCGGCUAGUGUCCUCAUGUCCAUCGUUACUCUGGUCCUUCUCCCGGAUCUGCCUAGUACAGCAAAGUUCUUGAGUCAGCGGCAACGUGAGAUAGCUGUUUCGCGCGUUGCUGGAAACCGACAGGGCGUUAAGAACAAACACUUCAAAGUGUAUCAAGCGUGGCAGACACUUUAUGACCCGAAGACGUGGAUUCUGUUUGUGAUGGCGACUGGAGCGCAGAUACCCAACUCGGCCUUGACAAGUUUCAGCUCCAUCAUCAUAAAGUCUUUUGGCGUGGAUACUCUGGGCACGCAAUACCUCCAGAUCCCCGGCGGGGCAGUCCAAUUCCUUGCCCUUAUAUCAGGCGGCUUCAUCUGCACCAAAUGGCCCAACACACGCUGUCUAACCAUGACAGUGGCUAACACAAUCUGCAUCGUCGGUGCAGCGAUGCUCGUCGCCUUGCCCAGCACCAAUAAAUGGGGGCGUCUGAUCGGGCUGUGGCUCUGCUAUUUCCAGGGGCUGGGCUUCAGUAUGAGUCUGACCAUCGUGAGCAGCAACGUUGCUGGCUACACUAAGAAGCAACUCACGGGCGCAAUCCUGUUCACGGGGUAUUGCGUCGGGAAUAUCAUUGGUCCACAGACGUUCAAGAGCAGUGAGAAACCGGGAUACAAGAGUGCUUAUAUAGCCAUGUUGAUCGGCUACUGCGUCAAACUUGCCGCCGUGCUCGUCCUAUAUGCAUACAUGUGGAGCGUCAACAAGAAGCGCGAUCGCGAGCAGGCCAUGACGAGCGAGGAGGAGCAAGCCGCCAUCGAGGCCGGCAUGCUCGAUGCCACGGAGAUCGAUAAUAAAGGGUUUAGAUAUAUCCUGUAA